AUGUUUGCAGCCAGAAUUUCGAUGGACGAAGCAACAAUGGGUGAUUUUAUUGGAAUUGAUAUCGGAACGACGAGUGUUAAGUGUUGCAUUCUGGAUAAUGACGGCCGGAUACUUAUGGAAAAGUCAGCAGUGCACGAUGCAUGGUUAAAGCAUGGAUCGAAUUUGCAUCGUGAACAGGAUCCUGUUAAAAUAUUGAAAAUUUUACAUAGCCUGAUAAAAUCAAUGGAAGUAAAGUUAUCAUUGAAUGUGACAGUUAGUAUCACAGGACAGAUGCAUGGUAUCGUUCUUUGGAAUGGACAGGAUUUAGCGAAGGGUAAAUUUAGCUGUUCUCCAUUGAUAACAUGGAUGGAUGAAAGAGUACCCAUGGAGUUUCUCGAGUCACUUCCCAGAUGGGAUUGCGGUUGUUUGCAUAUUGGAUUUGGUAUGGUAACUCUUGCAUGGCUUCAUUCCUCUGGUCAACUAAAUGCAGCAUGGACUUGCUGUGGUACCAUCAUGGAUAUGGUCAUUUGUUACCUUUCUCAAUCCCCCAAUGCAUUUAUUGGUAUUCAGAAUGCGUACAGUUGGGGUUACUGCUCCUAUAAUGGAUGUUGGACUGUACCGGAUAAAUUGAUACCAAUACAUUUACUCCCAACGAUUUGUUCAGCGGAAGAAAUUGUUGGUUUAGUAAAGCGAGCUAAUUUUGGCUUGCCAGUUGGUGCAAAACUUUUAGCAUCCUGUGGUGAUCUUCAAAGUACCGUUUAUCCGUUGCUAGAACCUAGAACCGCUGUGCUAAAUUUGGGGACAUCAGCACAGCUGUGUUUUUCACCAAUGGUAAAUCAAAUGGCUUUCUCUCCACUUCUCACGAAACCAUUCUUUGGCGAGAACGGAAAAAAGAAGAUAGUCGUGGCCGCAUCAAUGAAUGGCGGUACCAACGAUCUACAGAUAAAUUAUGAAAAGUUAAACGAUAUAUUAAAUAAAACUAGAAAGUGUUCCUCGUCCACGGUUGAUAUUCAACCAGUGUUUUUACCGGAACGUGCGGACAAUAUUUCAUCAUGUAUUUCCGGAAUCAGUUCAAGCACCACUAUCGAAGAGUUGCUGCAUCGUACAGCCUGUGGGAUCAUUUCUAACAUAUUUCGUCUUCUUCCACCUUAUCAGCUUCGAGAGUGGGGAAUUAGACGCAUCAAAUUAGCUGGCAAUGCGAAUAAAGAUUAUUUCAUCGACGAAAUAAUCCGCCAGUGUCAAGGGUUACUGGAUGUUUCCUCUCCAACUGAAGCAAAUCCAAAAUGUAGUGCAGCAUACGGUGCUGCACUGCAUGCAUUUCACUUUAUACGUAACAAAUGA